UUCUGUCAUCACCCAGUGUUGAGCACGGGUUUGUUGUGUUUGUAAACUGAAUAGCUAACAAACGGCUAAACCCUGGGUCGUAUAAUUUACAAUUUAAUUAAUUCAAUUAUCAUUUCACUCGAAAUCAAUAUCUGCGUUUUGUAAGUAGAAGGAAAAUUCCUAUCAUCGAAUAAAAGUCUACGUUAAGUUGGCAUCGUAUGUAAUAAAUUAUAAUUAAUUGAAUUUUUCAUACAAAAUGGAGGCGCGUUGCAGGCUGUGUUUCGAACAGCACAAGGAGAUGGAACGAAUAUUUCCAGAUAACGAGGACGAAGACGACAUUGAUUGUGAGUCUCAGGUGGCAAUAAAAAUAUUUAAAUGUACUUCGCUUCAGUUGCCAGUGGAUGCUGAUGAUUUGACCUCAAAAAUAUGUAAGAAGUGUUUAUCAAAGUUGGACGAUUUUUUUCAAUUUCGAGUCAAUUGUCGAAAAAACAAUUUACUCUACAUCAAACAAAGUUCAUCGAUAACUAAACACUCCCAGCCCUUUAACUAUAAAAACGAGUCAGACAGUGAUCUUAUUCUUCAAAAUUUGGAUGAAACUUUACUUCGCGCUCUAGAAGGUAAAGAUGUAGAUUCGUCUAGUUUCGAACAAUCAUUUGGUAAUGAAAUAAAUCCCGAAGAUUUAUUAAAAAUCAAUCUUAGUCAACAUCAAGACCAAUCAAUGGCACCAGAAGAAAUAGUCAGUUCCAGCUCUGCUAGAUGUAAAGGUUGUGGAGACGAUUUUUCUUCUUCGGUAGAACUUACCCAACACCUAGAAUACUGUCCUUCGCGCUUGAAGAGUGAAGCAUUUGAUAUGCAUUUUGCAAGUAUAACUGCAAAGGAAUUCAACUGUUAUAUAUGCAAUAAGAGCUUUACCAAUAUACAAGAGUUCAAAUAUCACGAAACGCAACAUUCCAAUCUGAUGAUGAAAUGUAAUUUUUGUCUUCAAACUUUUUCAUGUUCGAGAACUUUCAAACUGCAUAUGGAUCAUCAUAAAAUGAGAAAUACGUUACCCGACGGUCGAUUCAAGUGCGAUCUUUGUGAAGCCACAUUCAAACUUUAUGGAAAUUUAAUAAUCCAUCGACGUAGUCACACUGGGGAACGGCCAUAUCCGUGCAGUAUAUGUGGAAGAGCGUUUUCCACUUCCAGUAAUAUGAAAACGCAUAUGAACGUAGUCCACUCUCAGGAUAGACCUUACAAGUGCCAGCAAUGCUACAAAAGUUUUAAUUCUGAAACCAGACUGCGUUCACAUCUAGAAACGCACUCAAAUGCUAUGGGCGUUGGAGUUUCAGAUUUUGGAAACAGUGAAUUAACCAGUACAUGCAAGAUCUGCAAUAAAACCUUCAGUCAUCCAUCGUAUUUGACCAUCCACUAUCGAGUGCACACCGGAGAACGUCCAUAUCAAUGCAAGUUUUGUUCCAGCGCGUUUGCUACAAGUGGAAACUUGAAGGUUCACAUGAGGAUUCAUGCUACUCUAAAGGUGCGACCAUACAAGUGCAAUCUGUGCACAAAGUCUUUCCUGCAUGCCAGCAACUUGUCAGUCCACAAGAAAACUCAACACUACUAAAUACUCUUAAGAACUGAAGUCUGUUAAUUUAUUUGUUGCUAUAUCUACUCUAUGUAUGUCUUAAGCUUUAAGCAGUUAAUUUGAUUUGCCACUCAUAUUUUAUUUACAGAAUAGAAAUCGAAAUAACUACGAA